AUGUUUCGUUCACGAGUACGCAGCCGGUUGCUGGAGCGCUAUGAGAGACAAGUCUGCGAGAAGCUCUGCCGGCAGACGGCCAAUGGCUGCGAGCGUAGCUUUGCCUCGGCGCAGGCGUCGACAAGAAAUUAUGCGACGGGCAAGACUGUAGCGAAUGCGAAUGCCUCGAGGGCGGUGAAUAAGCCUGCACCUGGAUCGACGUCUUCUCCUCGGAUAUCUUCGACGACGACGACGACGACAUCAGCAGCGGCGGCAACAAAGGCGGCAGAAGCAGGAGCUCUACGAACGGCCGAGGCGCGGGACUCGGCGCUGCGGGCGGCGCGCAUGCGACGCCUUGCGCAACAGCAGGAUAGACUUGCGGAGGAGACGAAGAAGAAGGAGGAGAAGCGGGAGUACAAGAAGCGGUACGACGUGGCGGCGCGGAAGUGGGUGUCGACGAUUAUUGCGCUGCCGAUAUUCCUUGUGACGAGUUACUAUCUGUUUGACAGGCGUGAGUCCUUCCCCCAGCAAAAUGAUAUGAUGCGUGUUCGUUGUUUUGCUGACGGGAGAAUGAAGGGUGUAUUGGAACAGGAGACUAUGGCAUAUUAUGCCUUUCAACGCAUUUGUACAAGCGUUGAGCAGCCUCAUGAGACUGUCAUCAAUAUGGCUCUGCAUUUUGAUGAAGCUUUCGACUGGCUUGAAAUUGGAGCCUCAUUUGUCCAUCCUUGA